AUGAACCUUGUUGAGCAGGCGUUUUCCGACUCGCUAAAUGAUGGAGCCUCAGGUCGGAGUAGCUCGACCAGCAAAGGCCAAGAAAACGUUCGCCGGCCCAUUCACGACGACCAAGAGCUAUGCAACUACAUCUUGAGCACGGUCAAGGCUCCUGAUGGAGCUCUCAUGAUACGGGAGUCUACAAUUCCUGGGUCUGGCUCGGGUCUAUUUACAACAAGAGAUGUUGCAGCGGGCGAGCUAAUCUUUACAUCGGUGCCUCUUGUGCUCUGUUCGGAGGUUGGUGAACAAAUGGAAGCUUGCGACUUUUGCUUCCAGCAGAGGCGACGAGUCAUCCACCCUGUUGAAGAUCGUCUGCUUCAUCCGGGAGAAGUAAUGCCAGAUGUAUACAAAUGUAAAGGUUGCAAUCUGUAUCAGUAUUGUUCAGAGUCUUGCUGGCAACGAGCCUGGGACACUGGUCAUUUAUACGAAUGCGGGCUACUGGCCGACGCCUCACACGAUCUCGACACCAGAAUGCUAUACCGUAUCCUUAUUUUACUACGCAAGAAAGUGCUGCUCCCGGAGCAAGUGCGAGCCCUCGCUAGGCUUGCACACGAACAAGAUAAAUACGAACAGAUUAGCAACGAUUGGCAAAAGGUGAAGGAUAUUGCCGCCGAGGCCAAGGAGCGGAUGAAGAGCGAGCUUGAUGGUGCCGAUGUUUUGAGACUAUAUUGCCUUAUCCGAUGCAAUGCUCUGCCAGUUGAUCAAACCUCCCGAAAUGCUCCUCUGGGUACUGCCAUCGACUUGGGGGCAGCUAUGCUGAAUCACAAUUGCGAGCCCAACAUUGUGAUUAUAUUCAACAGCACCCGAGUAGAAGUUCGGGCCGUCAACAAUCUCAAGGCUGGUAAAGAGCUCUUACACUGCUACCGGGACAUUGCAUACGACUGCACAUUUCGCAACCCGCGCAUUGCAGCAAGAUAUCAGUUCAAAUGCCAAUGUGACAGAUGCAUCCGAGAGUCUGAUCGCCACUAUGAGGGAGUCAGCCCCGACAUAGAAGACCCCAUAAUGCCCAUCCUCGCCACGCAGGGAGACCUGUUUGCGAUUGUCGAAAAAGCCAAACUACGAGCACUCUCGUUGUCCAACCCCUUCGACGUAACCCCAUUCCUAGCAGAGAUUGACGAGCUCUCCGAGGAAGGCUACGCAGGGCGUCGCUGGCCCGACGACCUCGAGCCAUUGCCGACAGCGCUCAAGUCUCUAGCAGCGCUAUGCGAGAGGCAGGGCGACAUCAUCAACACCAUAAAGAUCCGGGUCAAGGCUCUAGCCUUUGCCAAAUGCCGAAACAACCUCCCCUACUCCGAGGACCUGGUUGACUUUGUGGUCUCGCUACGGUCCUUCACCAUGUAUCCGCACCGCAAAGUGCUGCUGGACGGCCCCCUGCCCAAGUUCAAGGAGUUUCAAGACUUCUGCGUCGGCCACAUGUGCGCACUGCACGCACUGAUGGCCAGGUUCUACGGCGAACAGGGCAGGGUGACUCGGAUAGUCCGCGAAAUCAUGCAUGAGGAGAUGGACAAGUACCACGGGCCUCGGCCGCCGACGAGAGCGUUUAGGCGCAAGUUUAAAGCCUCGCAUGAAACCAUCCUCAAGUGGGCGGGGGUUGAUGCGAAGUCUUGGAUUGUGGAAUUGAGCUGA